AUGUCCGACCUCCAACCCCUCCGCAUCGUCUUCGCCUGCGAUGAAGCCGGCCAACCCUACAAAGAAACCCUUAAGGCCGCCUUCGAAAAGAAUCCCCUCGUCGCCUCCAUAAUCGACGUUGGUGUCGACUCGACCUCCGACAAAACCGCCUACCCACACCCCGCCGUCGCCGGCGCCAAACUUAUCCGCGAAGGCAAAGCGGACCGUGGUCUCUUCAUCUGCGGAACCGGUCUGGGUGUUGCCAUCUCCGCAAACAAGGUUCCCGGUAUCCGUGCCGUGACUGCCCACGAUUCGUUCUCCGUCGAGCGGUCUAUCCUGAGCAACGACGCUCAGGUGCUCUGCUUCGGUCAGCGGGUUAUCGGUGUCGAGUUGGCGAAGAAGCUGGCUUCCGAAUGGCUUACCUACCGCUUUGACCCGAAGAGUUCCUCUGCUGCUAAGGUCCAGGCUAUCUGUGACUAUGAGGCAGAGCUUUCUGCUGCUGCUCAGUAA